AUGGGGAAUUGUCUUUCUGAUUCCGCUUUAUUCGUAGACGAUGAAAAAAAUUCAACAAUUUCGACAAAAUCUUCAUUUUUUUUCAGAAAUAAUAGCCUUAGCGGUAGCAGUAAAAGUAAUAGCGAUAAUGGUAACAGGAAUAAUAAGAAUGGAUUUUUCAGGAAGAAUAGCAACAGCAAUUUAUCAAACUUACGUAAAUGCACAAGGAUAUCUUUAGAUAGCGAAAACUUAGAGGCCCAAAGGGUAAAACCAUUGUCAUCGCUUAUUAAUUUAUUAUGGGGAAAUGAUUUUUCGAAAUAUCCAAAAUCAAAAUUUAUAGGAGUCGACAAAAAGCCUUAUUUUCCCUCAACAGAUUUGCCUGAAAAUGUGGAAUUUUACGUUGUCGACAUAUUGGAAGGUUUGCCAUUUGCGAACAAUACCUUCGAUUUUGUGCAUCAAAGAUUCCUAUGCAGCUAUUUGUCAACCAAACAAUGGGAAGAAAUUGUUAUAAAUGAAUUGUUGAGAGUGACAAAGCCUUUAGGUUACCUAGAAUUAAUGGAAACCGAUUUAACCUCUUACAGCCAAGGACCAAUAACAAAAAAAUUAUGCGAUGCAUUUGUCGCAUCGAUGCACGCAAAAGGCUUUAGUCCAAUGAUUGAAUCAACACUCACAAGAAUACUUUCUUCAGAUCCAAAUGUCAUAAAUUUACAAAUUAAUUCCAAAAAAAUUCCAUUGGGUUAUUGGAGUGAAAUAAAGAAUUACGAUAAUUGUUUGGAAUUGUUUAAACUUUACAAGAAAUGUAGUUUGGAAUAUACGAGUGCCACAUCUGAAGAUUUCGAUAAAAUGAUCGAGAUUUAUCUAGAAGAAAUAGAAGAUUACAAAACUUAUUCAAAAACGCAUCGUUUCUUUGGUCAGAAGAUCGCCUCAAGAAAAUCAAAUGCCUCUUUCACAAAAUCUAGAAGGUCUGAUUAUAUAUAA